AGAGAGAGAGAGUAGAUCUCAAGCCUUUUUGUUGCAGAGAUCUUUUUGGGGGUAUCAAUAGAAAAAAAAAAAAAAAGAAAAAAAAAAAGGGUGAUGGAAUGGAGAGCCAACGAGGGAGAGCUAUAGAGAACAGAGAACGGGUCUUUCUCUCUGUGUCUAAAUCCCACAUGCUUUGCUUCAUUUGAUCCCAUGCUCCUCUCGCUAUCUCUGAUCCUGCUUUUUUGUCGUCCGUGGAAGCCUCCUCAGAUCGAUCAAAACAAAAUCUCUUUUUUCCCUUUAUCUUCUUCUUCUUCUUCGACGUAGUCUCUGUAAAAGAUAAACAAAGGUGGAGAUAUAUAAUAUAUAAAAAUACAGAAAAAAGAGAGAUGGGUACUGGUUGGAGAAGAGCUUUUUGUACUACCAUCCCUCGAGACCCAGAUUCUUCUUCAGUAUCUGAAAAGCAACAGAGAAGCGCUAGCCCUUGUUCCAGCCCCAGCCCAAGAAGCUGCACCAGGCUGGGCUUCUUCUCCGGUGGUAGCAGCAACCCUUCCACGCCUCGCUUGCAUUGCCGGACCACAUCAGAGACUCCAAAAACCCCCACUCUCAAUGAAUGCAAUACCAAUGCAAGCACUACUCCCAAGACCUCCUCCAAGAGCCCAAGAACGCUUCUUGCCUCUAACCAAACAUCCCCUCGAUCCCCCCUCAAGUUGUCGCUCUUCAAGAACAGCUUCAAAUUCAGAAGUAGCUGUGGAAUCUGUUUGAAUAGCGUGAAGACGGGUCAGGGCACCGCCAUUUACACAGCGGAGUGCGCUCACGCAUUUCACUUCCCGUGCAUCGCCGACCACGUGCGCAAGCAUGGCAAGCUCGUUUGCCCCGUCUGCAACACCACCUGGAAAGACGUUCCUUUGCUCGCCAUCCACAAGACCCUCGGCUCCCAAUCCCCUGAUCAGAACGACGUCGCCGCCAACAACCAAGACACGAAACCAAAGAUCGAAGAGAAAAAGAUUAUUGACUCUUCUCCCAGAGCCUUACAACCCAAGACUGAAACACAACGGAAACCGUUCUCCGAUUCGAGAUCCUACGAUGACGACGAGCCUCUUCUAUCUCCUACCGCCGGGUCUCGGAUUACUCCGAUUCCCGAAGCGGAUGAGAAUGCGGAGGCUGACGACGUGGAAGAUGAGUUUCAAGGGUUCUUCGUCAAUAAUCCCAACCCUCCGUCUUCAUCGAUCAAAUACUCCGACCCAGAAGAAGCGCCACCAAGCAGCGGCAGAGAUCAUUCGAGGAACGUCCGGGUUAGAUUAUUACCCGAGUCCGCACUAGUAUCGGCCGGUAGGUCCCACGAGACCCACGUGGUGGCUUUAAGAGUGAAGGCUCCUCCGGCUCGCAAUACGGCAGCGUCUGCUCUUUUGGACCGUGCGCCGAUCGAUUUGGUGACGGUGCUCGAUGUCAGUGGGAGCAUGACCGGCGCCAAGUUGCACAUGCUGAAGCGCGCCAUGCGCUUGGUCAUUUCCUCGCUCGGCUCGGCUGAUCGGCUCUGUAUCGUAGCUUUCUCGGUUACAUCUAAGAGACUAUUGCCUUUGAGAAGAAUGACGGCUCAAGGUCAGCGCGCGGCUCGGCGCAUCGUUGACCGGCUCGUCUGCGGCGAAGGGACCAGCGUGGGAGACGCUCUGAGAAAAGCCAGCAAGGUGCUCGAGGAUCGGAGGGAGCGAAACCCUGUUGCCAGUAUCAUGCUGUUAUCGGACGGUCAAGAUCAUGACGGGCGGAGGAGGGUCCACCACUCCAAUAACUAUCAACGUCAAGCUUCAAGCCACGUGUCUUCCACUCGUUUCGCUCACAUUGAGAUUCCGGUACAUAAGUUUGGGUUCGGUGACAACGAGCACGAACCGGCUGAGGAUUCCUUCGCAAAAUGCGUCGGCGGCUUGUUGAGCGUGGUGGUCCAGGAUCUGAGAAUUCAACUUGGAUUCCCAUCCCCUGCUGAGAUCUCAGGCAUCUAUUCCUGCAACGGACGGCCCACAGUGCUCGGCUCGGGCUCCGUGCGGCUAGGCGACAUGUACGCCGAGGAGGAGAGAGAGCUCCUCGUGGAGCUUAGGGUUCCCACGUCCGCUACCGUGGGUACCCACCACGUGAUGUCUUUUCGUUGCCUUUACAAGGACCCAGCAACCCAAGAGGUGGUAUACGGCAAAGAACAGGCUCUACUAGUGCCGCGUCCCCACGGCGUCCGAUCGUCGACCCCCAGGAUCGAUCGGUUGAGGAAUUUGUUCAUCACGACCAGGGCCAUAGCCGAAUCCAGGCGGCUAAUCGAACACGAGGAGCUGUCCAGCGCGCACCAGUUGCUAGCGUCGGCUCGCGCCUUGUUGUUGCAGUCGAGCUCUGAGUUGGUUGAGGAGUACGUUCGCAGCUUGGAGGCUGAGCUGGCUGAGUUGCAGUGGAGGAGACAGCAACAACAGCAACAGAUGAUGACGAUGAUGUUACAACGGAGAAGAGGGCACGAGAGGGACGCGAUGGGUGCGAAUAUGGUGGAUGAGAAUGGAGAGCCGCUUACGCCGACAUCGGCUUGGAGAGCGGCUGAGAAGCUGGCUAAGGUAGCCAUCAUGAAGAAGUCUUUGAAUCGAGUCAGUGACUUACACGGCUUUGAAAAUGCCAGAUUUUAAUAAUUUUGGUCCAAUAAUUAAAAAAAGAAAAAAAGAAAAAGGAAUAGAGAGAGAUAAAUAGGGACAAGCGAUAGGAGACGGCGCGGCGCUUUACGCAGAGCUGGUUGAGAUGAGGGGAGGUGAUUGGGUGCUUAAAGCUUGUCUUAUUUAUUCAAUUCAAAUUCACAUCUCGUCUUUAAUAGGACUCCAUUUGUACUUUUUAGGGAUUUAUGAUGAACAAACUUCCCAUAACAUAAAAAAAAGAGGUGUAAAUUCUAGUGUAAUGGAGUUUUUCUGUUUCUUUAA